CUCAGUCGAGAUGACCUCAAUGCACCUUCGGAGACGUUCGUCUUCAAAUCAGUGAUGCAGUGGAUUAAACACAAGAAGGAAGAGAGGAUGGCCGUUGCAGCCAAAGUUAUCGGAGCUGUUCGUCUGGGGCUGGUGGAUAUCAGGGUUGUGAUUGAAGAACUGGACACAGAGGAAAUGGAAAGAAUUUCUGAGAUUCAAAAGCAUUUAGUUGAGGCGUUAAUCCAUAGCUACAUGCCUUUUCGUCAUCCCAAGUUUGCUUUGGAGAAAACAAAAACAAGGUUAACUCGUCCGGUUCUCAUUGCAGUUCUACCUCAGGCUCACAUGCAGUAUUUUGAUAAUGAAGCAAAAACGUGGAAACCUUUAGCAUCGACAAUACCAUCAAUUGAGGCGACCCAGUGUCACUGUGCUGCAUCGGCUGGCAACAACUUGUAUGUUGCUGGAUUUGAAUGGGGUGUUGGUCAUUACAUUUAUCGUUAUAAUACAGAAGGGAGUGUGUGGGAGAAGUAUCCACACUUAAGCGGUAAAAUCAACAAUUUAUGUAUUAUAGAGGAUACAGUGUAUGCAAUCAAUUCUAAUUGCAAUCAGGUUCCUCAAAGGUAUUGCUUUUCUAAAUGUCAGUGGCAAGCUUUCUCAAAAGUUAGUAUUAGGAGCAAUCAUGGUAACCGGUUUCACAAUAGCGGAGCAACAGCACUUCACUCAAAGGUGUAUGUCCUUUAUGGAAGUGUAAAACUGGAUUCAGGUGGCAAUUGGUGUGUGCAGAAUUCAGGGCUACACUGCUUUGAUCCAGUAAAGAACGAAUGGGAACUAAAAGCAACUACCUGUAAGCCUCACUUUGGAUCUAGCCUUCUUGUGGUAAACAGUAAACUCUAUGUUGCAGGGGGCAAUGUAUAUAUUGAUGAAAACGCUAAUGUAAGUGGUGACCCUGCACCUGUUGAAGGUUAUGACGAGGAAAAUAACACUUGGUCUGUUGUGGAACAAAAACACAUUCCCCUAAACAAUCUUGGUGCAGUGGAAAUAGAAGGGAGGGUGUAUUUUAUCAUUAAUAAAUUUCCAGUCGACAGUGGAAUUAGAAUUCCACCAGGAGAACUGUAUCCUGUUCAUUUGGGUGAGUGGGAAAAUUUAACAAAAAUUGUUACAACCGCGGUUGUGUGUUAUCUGCCAGUUAAGCGAGAAAGUCUGAAAACAGAGUGAGGUGAACUAAAAGCUGCUGCUAGUAACAUUGAGUUCUUUUUAAUUUUAAUUACAUUGUCGGUAACAAUAUACCACAACCAUAAUAGGUACAUGAAGCUUACAUAACGUUUUCUCUUUAUAGCAUCCAUGGGUACAACUUAAUAUUUUUAGGGUAUCGUGAGAUGGAUUAAGUUACCAUCACCUGUAAUUAGGUCAUGUUCGUCAGUUUAGAGGAUGUAUAU